AUGAUUGCCAAAAGAAUUUCUCCUAAUGUUGUCACUUACAAUACUUUAGUCUAUGGUUUUUGUAUUGUUGGUCAAUUGAAGGAAGCAAUUCGUUUGUUAGAUAGAAUGAAAUUGGAAAACAUCAUCCCAAAUGUGCAUACCUUUAAUACAUUGGUUAAUGCCUUUUGUAAAGAAGGUAAAGUGGAAGAAGCUAAAAUAGUGUUGGCUUUGAUGAUGAGAAAAGGUGUUGCACUUAAUGUUGUUACUUAUAACACUUUAAUGGACGGAUAUUGUCUUGUAAAUAAAGUGAACAAAGCCAUGGAUAUUCUAAACAUUAUGUCUCGACAAGGAGUAGUAGCUGAUGUUCGGAGCUACAACAUCAUUAUUAAUGGCCUUUGUAAGGUUAAAAUGGUUGAUGAAGCUAUGAAGCUCUUGGAAGAAAUGCACUGCAAACAAAUUUUUCCUAACACAGUAACUUACAAUACCCUUAUAGAUGGUUUGUGCAAAUCUAGGAGAAUAUCACACGCUUUAAAACUUGUCGGUAAGAUGCAUGAUAGAGGUCAACCACCGGAUACAUUUACUUGCAAUUCUAUAGUGGAUAGUUUAUGCAAAAACCAUCAACUUGACACGGUAGUUGAAUUGUUAACGAAAUUUAAAGACCAAGGUAUUCAACCAAAUGUGCACACAUACAAUAUUCUUAUCAAUGAAUUGUGCAAAAGUGGAAGACAUUGA